CUGGCCCCGCCCCCGACCGUGCAGCUGGGCCACCGCGCGCUGGCGGGCACAGGUCGGGAUGCGCCGCCGCCUCUGGCUGGGCCUGGCCUGGCUGCUGCUGGCGCGGGCACCGGGUGCCCCGGGCGGGUACCCGCAUCUGGAGGGCGACGUGCGCUGGCGCCGCCUCUUCUCCUCCACCCACUUCUUCCUGCGAGUGGACCCCGGUGGCCGGGUGCAGGGGACGCGCUGGCGGCACGGCCAGGACAGUAUUGUUGAGAUCCGCUCUGUCCGUGUGGGCACUGUGGUUAUCAAGGCUGUGUACUCAGGCUUCUACGUGGCCAUGAAUCGCAGGGGCCGCCUCUACGGGUCGCGGGCCUACUCUGUGGACUGCAGGUUCCGGGAGCGCAUCGAGGAGAACGGCUAUAACACGUACGCCUCGCGACGAUGGCGGCACCGCGGCCGACCUAUGUUCCUGGCGCUGGAUGGCCAGGGCGUUCCUCGGCAAGGCGGGCGGACACGGCGGCACCAACUGUCCACACACUUCCUGCCAGUGCUGGUCUCGUCGUGAAGGGCUUGCUGAUGGUUGAGGAGGCAUGGGCAGCGGAGAAGGCCUGGAAGAUCUGGAGUUGGGCAGCAAGGGGCCCAGGCCAGAGAUCCUGGGCCCACACAUGCCUUUCCUUAGGUCACAAGCUGUGUGUCUGCUGGCUGCCAGGCAUGGAAGUAUGGCAGGGCCCCUCAGGCGAGGCCACUCAGGGGGUACACAAAACUGGCAGUUUCCAUCCAUCUAGUCUGGAGGUGAGGGCAUGGCUGGGCUCAGCCUGGCAUGUGCUCUGGGAACAGCAUGGAGAGGUUUGGAGGUGGGGACGCACCAGGUGGAUGAGGAAAGUCAAGACAGGGUCAGGGAGGGUGGACACGUUGUGGAGGGCGUGGCCCAGGUUGGCGGUAGUAGUGACAUAGACCUGUGCCAUGUGGUCAGAGUAGGGUUGGAGCUAAGAGCACUUCUUGCUCUUCCAGGGGGACCGAGUUUAUUUCUCCCACGAGGCCAUUCACAGUCACGUGUAUGUCCCACUCCAGAGGAUCCAACUUCCUUUUCUGGCCUCUACCAGCACCUGCACUCAAGUGCACAUAACUUGCUCCCCAUACACAUAAAAAAGACACACACACUUUUUUUUUUUUUUUUUUUUGAGACAGUCUCUGCAUAUUCUUGGCUGUCCUGGAUCUCGCUCUGUAGACCAGGCUGGUCUCAAACUCACAGAGAUCUGCCUGCCUCUGCCUCUGCUUGAUUAAAGGUGUAUGCCACCACUCGGGGCUGAUGUGGGGCCUCUGGACACUAGAUGAGUUCACCAUGUUCCCAGGAGUCACUGGGAGAGCCCAACCUAAUCUCACCUAGAUCACAUCCUGGGGACACCAGUGUCAGCUCCUGUCCCAGAACCAUCAACAAUAAAUGUCGUAAGCUUUGGCGAGCAUGGUUGCUCGUCACAGAGGCAGGACACAGA